AUGACUCGGGAGAGAUAUGGCAAGUCGUUUGUCUUGUCGCUGCUGCUUCUGCUGUUUCUGGCUCGUUUGACUCGGGCCUACGCCGACAACGUCACCCUGUCGAGAUCCAGCCGAGCCAUCGGUCUCGGAUACAAGUAUCUCAUAUUUCCGCAGGGCAGCAACGUCCAGCUAAUUUACUGCCUGACCGUAAGCACCCUGGCGCGACCUCGGGACUUUUUUACGGUUGGAGUGACCGCAGGCCUGGCUUACGAGUUGCCCUAUCGGCGGACCUUGCUCCACAGAAAACCCGCGGAGGUCUAUCACCGCAGGAGCCGGAGGGACCUCUACCGCAGACUCGAGAUAAUGCUCGAGACCCAAGGCAAGGACGGCAGAUCUUGCCUGCUCAAGUCGCUCUGUCAGGCUGGCCGACGCAACCGGUCGCGAGAAAUCGGCAAGUCGAGCUUCCUCGAGGAGAUACUCCACUCGGUCUUCACGUUCCCAGCAGUCGAGCUUGAAGAGAACGAGGACGAGGCGCAGCGAAGCGCCGACUACGACAGGGCUUACGCCGCCGAGGAGGACUGCGACAGACUCUUCCCUGCCUGUCCGCGGCUCUUCUGA